AAGAUGCUCGACUGUCGCGCUAGAGGAGACUUCCAUGCCGUCAUUCACAGAGACCUACUCUGCCACUUUUCGACCUAUUACACCGCGCUCCUCAAAGGCGGAUUCGCCGAAGCUGGCACGGACAACGUCACAUUCGAGCUGGAUAGACCGCAAGCAAGGAUGCUUAUCACUUGGCUGUACUCCGGAAGCAUUACUGAAGACGCCCGUUACCAUGAUAUUUUCGACUUAUAUCUCUUUGCCGACAUGACAGACAUAAGAGCUCUUCGGAAGUCUAUUAUGGACCAUCUUCACAAGCACAGCCACGAAAAGGGCAACCCAAGGCUCAAACACGUAGCGAAAGUUCUUGCUGUUCUGUCCAAAAGCUCCGGCCUUGUCCGAUGGAUGGUUGAU